AUGGGGCAGUCGGAGAGGCCUGCCCUGCAGGUCAUAGUCCUGGGCUCCGGCGGCGGUCCCCUGGAAUCAAACACCACCGCCUUCCUUGUCCGCUCCGUCGCCCAGGACUGGUCCAAGGGCUCCAUCGUCGCCGUCGAUGCCGGCGUCCACCUGUCCGCCAUUGCCCGCCUCAUCCAAGAUGCCUUCCCCUCGCCGCCCCCGACCUCGCUCCCCUUUACCCUCACCGAAGGCCCCUUUGCCGGACUGCCGCUGCCCUAUCGCACCGCCGCUGCCAACGCUGCCCACGUCACCCGCACCCUCGUCGACACCUACCUCAUCACCCACCCUCACAUGGACCACAUCUCGGGCUUCGUCGUAAACACGGCCGGCCUGCCCGGCACCCGCCCCAAGAAGCUCGCCGGCCUGCCCAGCACCAUCCAGGCCUUCAAGAACCACAUCUUCAACAACGUCAUCUGGCCCAACCUAAGCGACGAGAACAACGGCGCCGGCCUGCUGACGUACCUGCGCCUCGUUGACGGCGGCAGCCCCGCCCUUGGCGACGGCCCGGGCAAGGGCUAUCUUGAGGUCUGCGACGGGCUCCUCGUCAAGACGUGGAGCGUCAGCCAUGGCCACUGCAUCGAAAAGCACAGCCAUCGCGGCUCCGCCUCGAGCGCCUCCCCGCGCUUCGGCAGCCAUGACGGCUCCCUCCAGCCGUCGCGCCGCGACCUCUACGGCCACCAGCCCUCGCUGCCCACCUCCCGCAGCCAGACACUGCUGGGCCAGGCCACCCUGGGCAGCGCGUCCCCGCAGUUUGGCGGCGGCGCCGAGCAGGAAAAAUACUGCGUCUACGACUCGAGCGCCUACUUUAUCCGCGACCAGGACCACCGCCGCGAGGUGCUCAUCUUUGGCGACGUCGAGCCCGACAGCCUCUCGCUCAGCCCGCGCAACCUGGCCGUCUGGCAAGAGGCCGCGCCCAAGGUUGCAAGCGGCACCCUCGCCGCCGUCUUCAUCGAGUGCAGCUACGACGACUCGCGCUGCAACGACCGCCUCUACGGCCACCUCAAGCCCGUCUUUGUCAUUGAGGAGCUGCAGGUCCUCGCCGCAGAGGUCGACGCCGCCCGCAAGGGUCGCUGUGUUGACUCGCGCAAGCGCAAGCGUAUCAGCGUCGGCGAGGGGCCCCAGCAGCGCCACCAGCCCAGCUUCGUGCUCGAGGAACCCGUGUCGCCCAAGUCGAUGAAGCCCUCGCUGUCCAAGUCGGCCGACUCUUCGGAGACGCCGCACUUGGCGACGCCGGUGGACGAGCUGACGCUCCGCGACCUGGAGACCCCGACCCCGGAGGACAACGCCCGACGGCCUCUCGAGGGCCUCAAAGUGGUCAUUAUCCACGUAAAGGAGACGCUCGAGAACGAGCCGGACCCGGGCGAGACGAUUUUGCAGCAGCUACGGGAACACGAGCGAGAGGCGUGCCUGGGUUGCGAGUACAUUGUCUCCAAGCCAGGGCAGAGCCUCUAUCUCUGA